CACGCUGCACGCGCCAUGACCGCGCGCCCCACGAAAACGCCGCGAGUGUUUAAUUUUAUCAUUACAGUGUGAACUAUCAGAAUGGAUGUUUUGUAUAUCUGUGUGAUCCUGUCCCUCAUUCAAGGGUUAUCAGCGACCUGUCACUUCCCUGGUGCGCCCGCGCACUCGAGAGUGACAUUCUCCGAUGAGACCUUGACUGAAGGUACUAUCGCAUCCUACGAGUGCGAACGAGGAUUUGAACUCCUUGGACCCACCAGGAGAGCCUGUGGAGCCAACGGGAAAUGGGCACCCGAUGGCAUACCUUUUUGUGUCUUAAACGUGGCUGCAGGCAAGGCUCCGAUGCAGGCUUCGACAGAAGACGGCGGGGUUCCUCAGCGAGCUCUGGACGGGAGCACAGCUGCCUCCUUCAACGCUGAGACCUGCACCCUCACGAAGGCUGAGCGAGUACCGUGGUGGUACGUCAACCUCCUGGAACCCUACAUGGUGCAGCUCGUCAGGCUGGACUUCGGGAAACAGUGCUGUGGUGCCAACAAGCCAGUGAUCGUUGUCCGAGUGGGCAACAACAGGCCCGACCUCGGCACCAAUCCGAUCUGCAACCGCUUCACUGGGUUCAUAGAAGAAGGCCAGCCCCUCUUCCUGCCCUGCAACCCUCCGAUGCCCGGAGCAUUCGUCAGUGUGCACUUAGAAGCGUCCACACCAUCCCAGCUUUCCAUUUGCGAAGCCUUCGUGUACACCGACCAGGCGCUGCCAAUCGAGAGAUGUCCCCAAUUUAGGGACCAACCACCCGGCAGUACGGCGACGUACAAUGGAAAGUGCUACAUAUUCUACGACCGGCAGCCUGCGUCGUUUAGGGACGCACUAGGAUUCUGCCGAUCCAGGGGUGGUACCCUGGUGGAUGAGAGCAACCCUGCCCUGCAAGGAUUCAUCAGCUGGGAGCUGUGGCGCCGACACCGAAGUGACAGUAGCAGUCAGUACUGGAUGGGAGCAGUGCGAGACCCACAGGACCCUGCCAACUGGAAGUGGGUGAACGGAAAUGACGUCACAGUAUCCUUCUGGAACGCUCCUGGCGGUGGUGAGGGAUGUGCCCGCUUCGACGGCAGCAAGGGCUGGCUCUGGGCUGACACCGAAUGCCAAGCGAGAUUGAACUACAUCUGCCAACACCAACCGAAAGCUUGUGGUCGUCCUGAACAGCCUCCGAACUCCACGAUGUCGGCUGAUAGCUUCGAAGUGGGUGCUUCUGUGGAGUACUCGUGUGAUGACGGACAUCUCCUCGUGGGGCCCACAGUCAGGACAUGCCUGGACACUGGUUUUUAUGACGAAUUUCCACCAGUUUGCAAACGUAUCGAGUGCGGCUUUCCAGCGGAGAUCCCGCACGGAUCGUACGAGCUGAUCAAUGGGUCCAUAUCGUACCUAUCGCAUGUUCAGUAUGACUGCGAGCCUGGCUACGAGAUGGUGGGCAGGUCCAGGCUUGUUUGUGACAUCGAUGAAAGGUGGAACGGUCCACCGCCCAGAUGUGACGUGGUCCAGUGCGAGGAUCCGCCUCAAAUCGCCAACGGUCGUGUGUACAUCAGCCACAACACCUCAGUGUUCGGCUCAGUGGCUGAGUACUCGUGUGGUAGAGGGUUCAAGUUGGUUGGAACCAAGCGUAUCUCCUGUCUAGCCACCGGCCUCUGGGACAAACCAGCGCCUAACUGCCAAUUGGAAGAACGUCCAACAACGACUCCAGUGCCGACGAGUACGGCACCUGUCACCACUACUACGGCUCCACCUCCUCCUACUCCCACCAGUCCUCGCAUUGUCCUCCCGACGAGACCGCGGACUUCCCCGCGCCCAUUGUCCUCCCCUACACCAUUUGCCACCGUAACUUCGGAGCCACCACGGAGACUCCGCCCCAAACCGACCACAGACCGACCCACCACAAGGACUUACGAACGGCCUCCAGAAAGGAAGACCACUGUACCUGAUAAUCAAGACUCUCCAACAAGUCACAUACCCCACAUCAUUGUGGCGAGCCAUCCUAGAGAAAACCAGAUCGUGGGUAGCGGUAACAACAUCAGAGCCGAGCAGACACCGCGUGUCAACGUGCCUCAGCCGGUAGAUGGCGAGCGUCGCGACCCAGUGGGCGCUAGGCUAAACAUUGGCGCUGUUGUCGCACUUGGCGCCUUCGGAGCGCUCGUCUUCCUCAUAGCCAUCAUCACCACCAUCGUGAUCCUCGUCCGGAGCAGGAAGCAGAACGAUUGCAAGCGGUACAGACACCACGUGUCGCCUGACUGCAACACGGUGGGCUCGCUGGACUCGUCGUCGUCGGAAUCGCGGAGCGGGCUUAACCGGUACUACCGACAGGCGUGGGAAGAACUACACGAGGCGGCCGGGGCCAAGCACGCGCACCGCCGCCAUGAGCGCGAGGCGCCCAAGGACGGCUCCGAGCUGGUGGUGUCGGACGUAUACCCGGCGCACCACGCGCGCGACAAGCGCCGCCACCAUCACCACCAUCACCAUCGCGAGCCCCGCCACCCCGACUGGCACUCCCCGCACCGCCCGCCCCACAACCAUAAACCUAGAUACUAAACAAGACUGCCUAAUCGUCUCACUAUUUAUUUGACGUUGAAACUUGUGACAAGGCUCGGUAAAGUGUGUAACGUCCCGCAAUAAUGCAAGAUUUACAACAAUUUUGUAAAACUUACAUUAUUUACAAUAGACGACUGCACAAUAUCGUUGUUCUGUAAAUUGUCGCUCGACGGUUUCCAAAGAUAGCUGGGAAAUGUAAUAAAACAAAAAUUAGACAAUUUCGUACUCUGUCCAGUAGCCAGGUACUAUUGAAUUAUUUAUUUGAUGAAGAGUGGAAUUUAUUUAGAGCUAAGUGUAGGCAGUCUCGACGUUAACAGAAUGUACCAAAUAACAUUGCUUGUAACCACUUUUAAAUAUUAUUCAUGUAUAGAGACAUAUUUAUAAUCGUAAAGCUAGAUUCGUACUUAAAGUUGAUAAAAUUAUUAUGUAGGUAGUUGUUACACUAGCCCCAAAUGACAUCAAAAUGUGAGCAAUUGAUGUCCGACGUUACGAUGCGAAAAUAUCACGUUUGUCAGUUUAGCUGAGCAGAUUAUAGAACCGAAGGAGGCUAGUUUAAGGACUGAGCAUUGGCAAGAUGCCCUUCCUAGAUAAUUCCGCGAGUAUGAAGCCGCGGGUGGGCGCCAGUAGAAUAUAAAUACACACUAGUACAUAAUAUUCUACUUAUCGUAUAUCUUUCCUGCUUGGACUAUGAUUACCUUGAUCUUUUCUUAAUAUUAUCAUAAAUAUUGUAUAAUUUCAUAUUUCAAUUCAUUACCUAGUUAGUAAGCAAUAUAAAGAUUUGUACAUAAUUAUAUUAGUUAGGUAUAUAGGUGUCCAUGUAAGAUUAGAUUGAAGUUAAUCAUUGUUAGCUGCUGUAAUUUCCCUCUGUUUUAUUUCAUUGUUUUGUUAGUUUAAAUUAUGUUAGUUAAGUAGCUUGUACGAAUCUGUGAGUAUCAGUGUAUUAGUACGAACAAUGUUUAUUUUGAUUGAUAUUGUAUUGUGGCGUCUUUGGACCAAGAGUUUAUUUUCAAGUGUGAAACUAUGCUCAUCCCAAUACAAAAUCUACUAUGUAUGGUACAAAGUAAUAUUAAAAUUACGACAAUGCUAAUAUGUCGAGUACAAGUCGUCAUCGGCGCGUGCUUACAACGAAAGGAGUAAUCUAAUGUGCCAUUACAGAGGCAGACAUAGGUAGGAAGUUCACAA